AUGUUAACUGUUGAGUGUAUACAACAAAAUAUUAUUAAAAAAAUCCAAAUACUUCCAUCAAAAUAUUUUCAACAAAAUGCAAAUUAUAUAAGUAUACUAGAUAAAAUUAUUUUAGAAUUACAAAUACAUCAAAAUGCAAGUAAUGAUACUCUUAAAGUUUUGAAAACUUGGACAAGUGCUCAACAAUUAAUUCCAUCCUUUUCACCAGAAUUAGGAACAAUUAUAGAAUUAUUAAGACAUAUAAAAAUUAUUAAAGCUGAUACAGCUAAAGUUGGGACACAACUGAAACUUUUUUUGACAUUCCAAAAUGGGUUAAGAGCAAUAUUCAAACCUCAAUGGUAUAGUCGAACUAAAAAAAUUGAAGGUCCAGUUUAUUAUGGCAAGGAUAGACAUAAUGCAGAAGUGGUAGCUUUUUAUUUAGCAUUGCUACUUUCUCUUCGAAGAGUGCCAUUAGCAUUAAUAAGGAAGUUAAAAUUAAAAGAAGAAAUAGAAAAAAAUGCUACUCCAGAAUUACUAUCAACAAUUUAUCAAAAUGGAGAUAAUACUUGUUUUUAUGGUGUUUGUCACUAUUGCUCUCCUAUUGAUCCAGUUUGCGGAGUGAAAGACCUUUUGGAAGGAACAGUCCUUUUGUGGCUACCACAAAAUUGGAAACUUGCAAAAUAUAAACAUCCUUGGCAAAGAACAUAUACAAGAAAAUAUCCUGCUCUGUGGGAAGUGGAUAUAAAUUAUUGCAAUAAAGUAAAACUAUUAAAAACCUAUUCAGCUCAAUCUUCAAAUAGACUUUUAGAUUUAAUUGAUACUGCUAUUUUUGAUUUUCUAAUAGAUAACGGAGAUCGUCAUCAUUAUGAAUUAUUAAAGGAUAGUUUUAAAGAUCCUACUAUCUUGUUGAUUGAUAAUGGUAAAAGCCUUGGAAAUCCUGAUAUAGAUCAUAUUGAUAUCUUGGCACCACUUUAUCAAUGUUGUAUUGUACGUAAAACAACAUGGGAUAGACUACAACUUUUAAGUGGUGGUUCACUUAGUUAUGCUUUGAAAGAAUUGCUGGCUCACGAGUCCUCUAUGGCAGAUGUUUUGCCAAUAAUUACAGACAAACAUUUAAAUGCUAUUGAUCGAAGACUUUUAACUGUUUAUGCUAUAGUUGAAUAUUGUUUGAAUAAAACUCAGAAUUCUUCUGUUAUUGCUAAAUAAUCAAUUUGUUUAAGCAUGAAUUUAAUAAAUGUAAUGUUUAAGAUAUAAGAUUAAAAAAA